CAUAGAAUUCCUGAGCUAUGAAUGGCCCAGUUGUACUACUGAGACUUGGGCAUUCAUCGCUAUAUUUCUCUGUCAAUACACGGAGAAGCUGAACUACUGUCAGUGCAAUGCAGUGCUUUUUUGUUUUUCCUUUUGCUGCGACGGCUGAAGGGAAAGGGGGCGCUGUGUUCAGAUAGUGAAACUAAAUCUGCGCCGCUACCACGGACAAAUGGUUGCAAAAAUUGUCUGCAGCAGGAGAUGGAGAAAGAAAACUCAAAUGGCAUCUCACCAAAAUUCUCUCAGGCUGCCAGUCAGCAGAAGCCACUGCCCUACUCUGUGGAAACUCCUUAUGGGUUCCACUUGGACCUAGAUUUUCUUAAGUAUGUAAAUGAUAUAGAGCAAGGCAACACUAUUAAAAGAGUUCCCAUACAGAGGAGAAAAAAGGGCCCCAAAUUCAGCACCCUACCUCGUAACUUCAGCCUCCCAGCUCACACCUUCCGGUCGGCCUCCCAGACUGAUGUGUGGGCUUUGCCAGUCACUUUUGGUCCUUCAUCGAAGACCCAAUCCAUGAAUGCCCAGCAAAUCUUUGGUUUUCAGGCUUGUGAAAGUGGAUUUGUGGGUUCCCACAGGCCAUCAGGGACUGGGCACACUUCAACAAAGGCUGUGAAGGAUGCCAGUAUCAAAGCUUUUGAUGAGCAGCCCCUGGCCUCUAAUUUCAGGCCACAACUCCUGAGAGCUGCCAGCAUGCCUGCCACCAUCCUUCAGAGGAAGAACUCUGAACUGGAUGAUGAAAAGCUUCAGGGUGCCAAGGAAAUAAGUGAGGAAGAUGAGAACUCUGAAAAUGUUUUUUGUUCCAGCAAUGAGGAAGACAGGAGCACUGCGCACAAGGUCAACAGCAAUCUGGAGCAGCAGCUGACAGCAGCUUUGCAGAGGAUCAGAGACCUUGAGGAGCAAGUCCAAACUAUUCCUAAACUGAAAGCCCAGAUUCGCACACUAAAGGAGGAAAAAGAACAGUAUCAUUUCAGAAAUUCUCAAAGGGCACAGCAGGUAGACCCUGUAGAUCUUCAGAGGGCUGAUUCGAGCCAACUGGGUUCAGAUAGUCGAGAGACGUCCAGCACUGCAGACACAGGUGCAGAACAACCAGCUUUGCAUUUAACUUUUGAGGAAAAUACCCAACAAACUAACACUCAGCAGGAGGCACCGAGAGAACUUGACGUACCACUGGAAAGUACACUGACACAGAAAUCAAAGCAGAUGGAAGAAGAAGUGAAAAACUUGUUAGUAUUAGACCAGCAAAAGGAAGCAACGCAACAUUCUCCCCUCCAAAAUGUGAAUGAAGGUGUGAAAAAGGGAAAUGUACCAUUCAAGUCAGUGCUAAUUAGCAGUGACCACACACCUGUCGGUAUAGGAGCACUGCAGGCAAAAUUCAUGGCUCUUGAAAAGAAAUAUGUUGAAUCCAGUAUGGAACUGGACAGAGUCAAUGCUCUACUUAGCAAACAAAUGUUGGAGAACAAGCUGAUGGAAGAACAGCUGAAGCAGAAUGUUGGUAAAACACUGGAGAAACAGGAAGCAGAUCAGGAAAUUUGCAUCUCAGCAGAACCAAGACUAUCUCCUGACCAUGACAAUACAUAUAAAACAGUAGUAAACACGUGCUGUGAACAGAAGACUUUGAUUGACAAGGGUGUCUCAGUUGAUGAGGAGCUUCGGUCAGCUAGUACACACUUCAACCCUAACAGACAGCUGAAAGACCUGACCAGCACCAGCACUCAGACAGAUGACCCCAAACCUGGAGAGAAAGAGGUGAACGUCCCAGAUACUGAUAAGCUCGUGGAUAAUGUGGAUGUCACGUCCAACACUGCUGCUGGUACUGAUAGCAGGGAGGACAAGGGAGCAGUGAUGAGGCCAGUAUAUAGUGGAUCUCAGCAUAACAUGAAUCCAGAAUGUGUGAAAGAAACAGGAAGGGAAGUUGGACAUCAGAGCCAGUGUGAUGGGAGGCAUUUAGAGGAGGAGACCUGUUCCUGGGGAGAAAUGGAUUCUGCAGCCAUCAGUCACCUUGUGGCUCAGAUAGAGGACCUUCUACAAAAACAGUGGGACUGCCUUAGUGGUGGAACCCCAGAGAGCAGUGCUCAAAUGAGCUCCAUCCAGGCCCAGCUGAUGAACACACUCCACACACUCUCCUCGAUUUGCUUGAUCCCGGGGAAGAAAUCAAGGGAUACGCAGAAAGCAGCUCUGAAAUCCAUCAUGAAGAAGAAUGCCACUGCAGAGCAUUCAGCGAGCAGAACGGCCAAGAAGAACCUCAAGUUUGUUGGUGUGAAUGGAGGCUACGAGACGACAUCCAGUGAGGACUCCAGUGAGGAAGAGAACAUGGAGGCUGAUAUCUCCAGGCCCGAGAAGCAGAAGAAAGGUGAUGGCGAUGGCGAUGGCGAUGGCGAUCAGGAAGAGCUAGCCAAUGAGACAGUGGAAUCCCAGAGGAUAACCAUGGAAUCCCCAGCAGAGCAACCUGACCGGAAAAUGGUAGGUGAGGAAUUCAUGGCAGCCUGUCAUCUCCUUAAAGACCGCUUGGCAGAAGUGGAGUCCCCCGACCAAGAAAUGAGGCAGGCUCUGUCUUCGUUGUACCAGAAGUGGUUCCUCAUCACCAGCCGGGGGGAGUCACAACCCGACAUUGUUGCCCUGCACCUUAGCCGGAUGGGGGCGGCAACCACACCCGACUUCCUCCGCUUUGUUGUCAACCUGGCUGAUGGCAACGGCAAUACGGCGUUGCACUACAGCGCAUCGCACGCCAACUUCCACGUUGUCAAACUGCUGCUGGACACAGAUCUGUGUGAGGUAGAUCACCAGAACAAGGCUGGCUACACCGCCAUCAUGCUGGCCUCCCUGGCAGCGACCGAGUCUGCUGAGGACAUGGGUGUAGCCAGGCAGCUAAUGAAGAGGGGCCAUGUGGAUGCCCGAGCCAGCCAGGCAGGACAGACAGCGCUGAUGCUGGCAGCGAGUCAUGGCCGUACAGCCAUGGUGCAUCUCCUGCUGGACUGCGGAGCCAACCCCAAUGUGCAGGACCACAGCGGCUCCACAGCACUCAUGUGUGCCUGUGAGCAUGGACACAGUGACAUUGUCCGCCUGCUGCUGGACCACCCCGACUGCGACCCUGGCCUGACCGACGCAGAAGGACGCAGCGCUCUCUCUGUGGCCACUACGGCCGCCCACUUGGAGAUAGUUGACCUUCUGGAGACCCACGCAGAUGCUGGGGCUUCUGACACAGGUGGGGGCCUCUGAACAGUCACCCCCUUUCGGCCAUGUCGGGGUGACAAAGACCCCGUUGAUCAGACAUCCAGCACUGUGGUGCAGCCACUGCGAACUUUACAAAAAGAAAAAACUUCACAUAUUUUUGGACAUUCCCUCCAAGUGAUUUGCAUCUGGCCUGUCAAUCAAACAAGACCCUCAUAGACAGAACAAAUCCAGUGAUGUGUCCUAUCACAUGACGUCUACCAGAACUCCAGCAGGAUUGCUCACAAAGCUAUUUCUACAUGGUAGCACUAAUAAUUUCACUUAAGCACAAUGUUUGUCUCUUUGUCAACAGGUUAUUUAUUGUAAUAUUGAUAUACUCAAUGUAAUUAUAGUAAUUAUACACACACACACACACACACACACACACGUAUUAUACCCCAUAGAAUGCAACAGUGCACUGUAUAUGCAAAAUGACUGCUUACUCACUAUUCUUUGAGUACUUAUGUCAUAGGUCACCAGUACAAGGCCACCUCUGAGCCUCAGAUGGGACUUGUGCAACUGAUCAACACACUGGAACUCCUUCAAAACAGAUCGCUUCAAACAAGAGUCAAAUGCUAUGUACCUGUGUUUCAGCUUUUGUGUUACUUGUACAAUCAUGUAGAGGAGGACUUUUUACUCGUCUCUGACAGUAUAGAUUCAGGACACAUACGUGUGACCUUAUCUUUGUCCCUGUUCAGCCUUGCAGGUUUCCAUUCCAAUUUUUGGCAAUGAGGAAAAAAUGACAGGACAGGAAUUUAGAGAUCUGCCAGUCAGGUGUCCUUCAUCCCCUGCCCUGGGCAUUUUGAUGGUUAGAGAUAAACAUGGGGAUGUCUAUUUACCAUCAAGGACCUCCAGUGUGCUUGUUUUAUACAGCACUCUGCAACACACUGUAGAGGAGAUAUAAGCAAUACAAACAGACUAUCAACAGAGCCCAUAUGUAAAAAGAAGGCCCCUUUUCUAUAGGAGUAAAAAAGCCCAGAGGUGUUGAUGGCUAUGCUGCUACCAGACAUUGGCCACUCAUUUACUUGGUCAUCCUGAGAUGUAGGCCAGUAGGUUUAAAAUUUGCAGUCUGUCUUCUCUGAGCUCCUAAGAAAGAAUCAGCAAGUCAUAUUAACCCUCAAAGGCUGACCACCGCUAAUUUCAGCACAGACAGAGGAGUUUACUCGGAAAGGGAUCUCCCAAAGAGAAAAAAGAAGACAGAUCAGUUACAACUAAACAUAUCUGAAUAACAGGUUCGGAGUCUAAACUAGAUCACUGUUUCAGGAACCAAGAGGUGUGCUUUCGCCAUAAGAAAAAUCAUCUGUUUGAGAUCAAGUGUGUUUUCAAACGCACAUACAUGCAGACAUGAGUUAAUGAACAUUUGAUUUACAUCAUUUAUAAACAGGCUCAAACUGUAUAGAGUAUACAAAUACACAGCGCUUCCUUUUGUAAUAACUUUAAUAUAAAAACAUUAAAUGUAAAAAAUUUAU